AAACAAGACUGGUUGUAGGCUGAGUUAAGUUAAUAUAAACUAAGUAGAGAAAUACCGGAAGUGCGAGGAUUGAAAUUUCAAAUUAAUGCAUCUCAAACAGCCGAAAGACUACACGUGUUUCUUACAAUCGAUUUUAAUUUGGCAGCUCCAACUGGAAGUGUGUAUUACUUUGCGUCAACUUGAUACUAACGACAGCUGAGCUGCAACUAAACUGCAGAAACUCAAGCCCGCAGCAUUUUUAGAUUUGAAUGACAGUAAUAUUAACAAGCUAUGAACAAGCAGUUUAAGACCGACAUGACUGAUACAGUCGAGAAACCUACGCAGAAAUAUUUGGAGAGGAGAAAACAGUUGCUAUCAGAGGAAAAGGCCUCAAAAAGCAGUGAUGAAGCAGAACAAAGGCUCGUUCUCGCCCAUAGAUCCAAACAGCCAAGUAAAGAGUUGAAAUGCUACCGCAAAACUUUGCAUGAGCUGUUUAAAGCCAUUUCCAGCUGUCCUGACCAGUUUUGUAGUGAUAGUAGUUUACAUGGCAGUGAUGAGGACCUCAGUGGGGACUGCACAUCGACUCCCCUUCAGGACUCUCAGGUGCUGUUUACAGAAACAGAUGUGACCUUGCCUUCUUGUCUGGAUGGUAGCCCAGGGUCCCACCAAACUAAGGCCCAGUUACAGAGAGCUUGCCAAUCAUCCGACUCAUGCCGCUCCCCUUCCUCAUCAUUAGCGAAGGUUUACCAGGAGAUGAUGACCAUCUAUGAACAACUAAAGGCGGAGCGACAAAGCCAGCAGCAGUGGGAGAGGCAGCUACAGGAGCGAGAGAGGAGGCUGAAACAACAGGAGGAGGCCCUGGGAAAGCUGACUGGGCUGGAGGAGAUGCUCCACACUCGGAUCGUGGCUGUACAGGAGAAACACCAGCAAGAGCUGAGCCAGCUGCAAGAUCUCCUUCGAGAGCGGAGCAAGGAGAACAGGAGGCUCAAGUCCAGCUUUGACACCAUUAAGGAGCUGAAUGAUAACAUGAAGAAACAGUUGAAUGAGAUCAGUGAACAGAAUAAGAAGUUGGAAAGCCAGUCCAAGAGGGUGCAGGCUCGACUUGAAAACCUACAGAGAAAACAUGAGCACAGCAUAGCAUCAAGAGGUUGCCACAAAGUGAGCACAGAGUGUGUUAAAGCAUCCAAAAAGGAGAAAGCUGCUGCUCCUUUAAAACCCAGCAACAAGGGCAGCUCCAGUCACACCACACUAAAGCUCCUGGCCUUUCUGUUGGACUGGGUACUUGAUGGACAGACGCUCUCAUCAACAGCAGGAAAUGAAGGGAAAGAUGUAGGCCAGUUUCUGCCUCCGGAGGUUAUACUCAACGAGAGAUGCCUCAAGGUGCUGCCGUUAUUAGCAGAUCAGCUUUCUCAAAUUCAUUUGUCGGAACCUGACCUCCUCCUCAACCUUCUUCGCCUCAUCCAUUGGGCUUUGAGACAAAUCGAAAACAGCGCACAGCAUGUAGCUCUAUUUGCCACUCUGCGGCGGAUAGGAGAGACGAUAUCAAAGCCACCAGCCCAGCCAACAGCGUCCCAGUCUGAAGAUCCAGACCUACCCAAGUCCUGCAGUGGGGUUGCUGGUGGACCGUCCAGGAACUGGUCCCUUUACCGAAGCCCCUGUCCUCACACACGCAUCCUCUCCAUCCUCAUCAUCCUCCGCACUGUCACACAAGCUGACGUGUUGGCCCAGGCUCUGGACACCCUCCAUACUGAGAUGAUGUGUGAGGAGAGUCGAGGCCUGUUCAUUUACUACGGAGGAGUGCGCAUAUUGCUGUCGGUGCUUCGGGUCGGCCGUGGAGGGCUGCAUCCAUCCAUAGAUAUUCUGAUGCAGCUCACAGAACAGUCGCGCUACCUAAAUCCCUUCCUGGAGGCAUGUAGCUGUGACGAGUUUUUCCGAACGGUCUCCCAGCUUCUUAAAACCCCUCAUCUGGAGUUGCCAUCCCUGGAAAAGCUCUCCAUCCUUCUACAGAAGCUCUCCGGCAUCAGGAAGAACCGACGUCUUUUCGAGCUGUCCUCCCUCCACCUCCAGAUACAAGAGCUUCAUCACAAAACCAACCACGCACACACCUUCCUCUGCCUCAACCUCAGGUCCAUCCUCCAGAACCUAAAAUAAAACUCACUCAACACGUGUUUCUCUACCUCAUGCCGGAUUCAAGGUCCGACAUCCCGGUUAGGACAAAGAUUACUCGCCUUCACGACUUCAGCACAUCCACUCGGUCUUUCCAUUUGCGCUCAAACUGUAAUUACCAUAUUUCCAACUGGACUUCAUGGCAGCAGCUCUAUCCUGCUCUACCUCAAAUAACAUAUGCAGACACACACUCUCGACUUAUCCAAUGUUAUGUUUUUGAAGUUCUUUUGUCUGUCAGAAGUUCUUUUUUAAUGUUGUGUAUGUUUGCACUUUGUGACCUGUUUUUGUGUUCCUCGAUGCUAAUCUGAUGUCUUGUCUCUUUAUGUGUUUAAAAUGCUUGCCAGUGGUCUUAAUGGGUGUCUCAUGUGCUCAGAGGAAGCGAGGCUGUGACUGUGAAGCUUUUUAAUGGUAGUAAACAAAAAGAACCGAAGGACAUUAAGAUUGGACGGCAUAUGAAAUGCUGAAAUCCAUAUGUUUUGAAUAAACUUGUCUUAUUUGUUUGUUACAGAUCACGGGUGGGAUUGAUGGGGGUAAUGUUCUCAGUAUGGGACACACUGGUGGUGUUGGUUGAUGGAGGAGAUUGGAGGGACUGGAACAAUUACAGCUGAUAUUUAAAACGUACUUGUUCAGAGCCACCCGGAAGUGCUCAGCUGGUCUGGAUUUGAAAGUGGUGCAUCCGCUUUUUUAAGAGCUUUACAGCAUCUGAAACUAACUUUGCAGGAGUUUAUGUUCAGUUCAAGUUUUGUCAGUGUUUAUUUUGAUGAAAAAUUUGUUGGAUAUGUUGUUGGAUCAUAUAUUUAUUGUAGAACUGAUCAAUAUUACACUUAUUGUCUAACUUGAAUUGAUGAGUCUAUAGAUGAUUUCUAAUUUCGACUAUAACAUUUACUCAGAUUUCUCACAAGAAUGCAUUUAUUUUUAUUAAUCAGUUUUUCAUCAUUAUGUUUGGUCUGAGGCUGUGACUACAGUAAUGAUUAUUUUCAAGAUCAGUUCAUCUGUGAAAGAUAUUUUUAAUUUCUGUGCAUUUCUAAGCACAUUUGAUGAUAAUGGGAAGAACAGAGAUGCAGACUCCUCACCUUUCAGCAAAAUUCGCUUUUUUGAGGUCAAAAUAGGUCACCUACGAGAUUCGUGUAGAUCCGAGGAGAAUUGAUUAAUUUUAACUUCAGCAAUACAAAUCAUUGGUUUGGAGCACAAAAUUCUAAUUAUGUGGUUUGGUGCUUUCCACUCAUAUAAACCCUGAGAACCUCUAAUGCACAUCUUAAAGGGCGUCUCAUGCAUUACCAUGACAACAGCAAAACAACAAACAACAGCAAAUUGACAAAUGGUUUGAUUUCUACAAGUUGAUAAGUCAGUGGUUUUCAUGGCUGCUUAUCUGUUUACACGGCAAUGACAGACAACUUUAAUUUACACCAGUUUAUUUGAUGCGUAUUUGAAAUAACAGUAUUAUGAGUAUUAUGGUAAUACCAUGUUGUUUCCUCCUUGGUAACAGCAUCAAUAUUUUCAUAGUUUUAUUACGGUAAUCAAAGACAAAUGUUUGAAUUCACAUUUGCAUUUAUGUUACUUGUCAUAUGUAAUUAUGCAUAUAGACUAGAUUUAAACGUUUUAUGAGUUUUACCAAUUACAGGCCUGAUAGUGGAAGAGUGUUACUGAAGAAGCUACUGUAAGCUGAUUUCCAAAAUACUUCUUUAUCUUGUUGUCUUGUUUUUGUGUUGUUGAUGUAUUCAGCUUCUACAUCUGUUGAUUCUUUUUAUGUGUUUUAUUCGGGGUUGUUUUACACCAUAAUGAAUAAGUUUUCAGGCAGAUGUAAAUAUACUUAUUAGUAACUAGAAAUGAGCAUGUAAAGCAAAUAUGUUUCAAAAUUUUCUCCCAGGCGAACAUGUCCCCAGAUCACACUAGUUGUGGCUUUUCUCUAUUCACGCAAUGUUCUCACCUUUUUUACCCCUUACCUGUUGGCAGGUUAAAAUUUAAAACAUUGUGUGACAGUUAAUAUUUAACAGAAACCACCUGCUGGAGAAAACAUUCAAGAACAAAGAUGUUUAAAAAUGUUCUGCCAAACUAAAUUCAACUUGUUUGAGACAUUUAA